GGCUCCCGCCCCGCUCCGCCAUCAUGAAGUCCUGAACAAAAACGGACGAGAGUCGAGCAAAAUGGGGAUAACACGAACUGGAGAUGAAAUCCGCCGACAGCGCUAACGCAAUGACAGCACAGAGUGGAGCACGGAGCGGACCCGUGGAAAUUAAUGAAGCAGUGUCCCAUUGAAAGCGUCCCGGGCAGCUCCUGGCGUUACGUUAUUUAGUGAGCGGAGUGGCUAACAGCUGCUAGCCCCUCUGGUUUUCUCUGAAGAGCUCUGCUGCCUCGUUGAAGCAGGCAGGCAGGCGUCAGUCAGGCUAGCUGUCACUUGAAUCGACUGCCACUUUACUCAUGUCAACUCCUGCAGACGUGCUAGCUGUCCAAUUGACCGCCGGGAGCAUCGGGAUGGAGAGGGGUUUGAGUCACAGCGUCGACAGACACAAUGUGGUUUGUUCGUGUUGAAUAGACACCAGUGCCGAGGAAAGGGGAGUGAGACCAAUAUUUUCCAGCCAGGCCAGUUAGCUAGCUCCAGAGCUAGCUACAGUGGAUCCCAAAAGCCACGGCGCUGGCCAUGCCGUCGAGUGUGCGGGCCGGGAGCCUGAAGGACCCGGAGGUGGCUGAGCUGUUCUUCAGGGAGGAUCCUGAGAAGCUCUUCACAGACCUGAGGGAGAUCGGCCAUGGGAGCUUCGGAGCGGUCUACUUCGCCCAUGACAUCCGCACCAAUGAGGUGGUGGCCAUCAAGAAGAUGUCCUAUAGUGGCAAACAGUCCAAUGAGAAAUGGCAGGAUAUCGUCAAGGAGGUGAAGUUCCUCCAGAAGCUGCGCCACCCCAACACUGUUGAGUACCGUGGCUGCUACCUGAGAGAGCACACAGCAUGGCUGGUGAUGGAGUACUGCUUGGGCUCAGCUUCUGACCUCUUAGAAGUCCACAAGAAACCCCUCCAGGAAGUGGAAAUAGCUGCCAUAACCCAUGGUGCAUUGCAGGGAUUGGUGUAUCUUCACUCUCACAACAUGAUUCAUAGGGAUGUGAAGGCAGGAAACAUCUUGCUAACAGAGCCAGGUCAGGUCAAACUGGGAGACUUUGGCUCUGCCUCCAUCGUUGCCCCGGCCAACUCCUUCGUGGGAACACCUUACUGGAUGGCCCCUGAGGUGAUCCUGGCCAUGGACGAGGGUCAGUACGAUGGGAAGGUGGAUGUGUGGUCACUUGGCAUUACCUGCAUAGAGCUGGCGGAAAGGAAGCCUCCUCUGUUCAACAUGAAUGCUAUGAGUGCCUUAUACCACAUCGCCCAGAAUGAGAGCCCUGUGUUGCAGUCUAAUCACUGGUCGGAUUAUUUCCGCAAUUUUGUGGACUCCUGUUUGCAGAAGAUCGCCCAGGACAGACCUACCUCUGAUGUGCUGCUCAAGCACCAUUUCCUAUGCAGAGAGCGUCCCAUGACAGUUGUGAUGGACCUGAUCGCCCGCACCAAGGAUGCUGUCCGUGAGCUGGACAACCUUCAGUACCGGAAGAUGAAGAAAAUCCUCUUCCACGAGGCACACAACGGUCCCGCACCGGAAGGAGGCGAUGAGGAAGAGGAUGUGGAACAGUAUAUGCUGCGCACCGGCACAGUCAACAGCAUGGAGAGCUCUCACUCGCUACCGUCCAUGUCAAUCAGUGCCAGCUCCCAGAGCAGCUCGGUCAACAGCCUGGCAGACGGCUCUGACGACAGCGGGGAAAUGGCCAUGAUGCAGGAGGGAGAGCACACCGUCACCUCCAACAGCUCUGUCCUGCACAAGCCCCUGAGCCAUGACAACAUCUACGAUGAUCCCUACCAGCCAGAGAUUGACUCACAACGAGAAGCUUCAUCUGCUGGUGGCGGCGGAGGGGGGGGAGGAGGAGGAGGGGGUGGAGGAGGAGGAGGGAGGCGUCGUCGAGGCAGAGACCAUUUUGCCACCAUCAGGACAGCCUCGCUCGUCACCCGUCAGAUCCAGGAACAUGAGCAGGGCUCGGCCCUGAGAGAGCAGAUGUCUGGGUACAAGCGAAUGCGGCGGCAGCACCAGAAGCAGCUGAUGGGCCUGGAGAACAAGCUGAAGGCAGAGAUGGAUGAGCACCAGCUGAGACUGGACAAAGAGCUGGAGAAUCAGAGGAACAGCUUCUCAAUGGAGGGAGAGAAACUCUCCAAAAAGCACCAGGUUAUCUUAGAGAAGGAGACAAAGGCAGUCCUGACAGAGGAGAAGAAGUUCCAGCAGCACAUACUGGCCCAGCAAAAGAAGGAAUUGACCAGUCUGCUGGAGUCCCAGAAACGUCAGUAUCGACAACGCAAGGAGCAGCUCAAAGAGGAACUGAAUGAGAACCAGUCAACACCAAAGCGGGAGAAACAAGAGUGGUUGGUGCAUCAGAAGGAGUGUCUGCAGCAGCUGCAGGCAGAGGAAGAGGCGGGCCUGCUGCGACGGCAGAGGCAGUAUUAUGAGCUACAGUGUCGCCAGUACAAGAGGAAGAUGCUGCUGGCACGCCACAACCUGGAGCAGGAUCUGCUCCGAGAGGAACUGAACAAGAAGCAAACUCUAAAGGACUUGGAGUGUGCCAUGCUCCUGCGUCACCACGAGUCCACCCAGGAGCUGGAGUUCCGCCAGCUGGGUUUGGUGCAACAUACGCGGGCCGAGCUGAUCCGCACGCAGCACCAGACGGAGCUCACCAACCAGAUGGAGUAUAACAAGAGGCGUGAGCAGGAGCUGCGUCAGAAACACGCCGUGGAGGUCCGCCAGCAGCCCAAGAGCCUCAAAGUGAGUGAGAGCACCCAGAGCAUGGGGUCUCCCCAGGAGGGAGAGAGCCAGACGACAGAGGGGCCGGGCGGCGGUGGCGGGGACAGUUUAGCGGGAGUAGAGGUGGAGGACCAGAAGGGUGGGCAGUUAGAAGAGGAGAGGGAGGUGGUAGCUAAGGAGAUGUAUGAUGGUCAGGAUGAGCUUGAUGGAGUAGUAUCAGACUUCAGAGAUGAGGAGGCGGAGGGUGAGCGUGCCCCUGCGGUUGAAAGGACAGAUGAGGUAGAUGAUCUCGAUAAACCAAAGGGAAUUGAUGACAGAGAAGACGAGGAUGAGAAAGAGGAGUGGAAAAUCGAUGAAGAAGGGACAGAGGUGAGGGAAGUAGAAGGAGUGCAGUGGGAGUACGAGGAGGGCCGCAGUGAAAGCGCACACGUAGACACGGAUGACGAGGAAGAAGGCAGGGGCGUGGCCGACGGUUGUCCGUCCGAGUUCAUCUCAUCCGCGUCCCCAGAAAAGAGGCGGCUCCGCGAGCGAGAUAUCGAUGAGCUGUCCGAGUUUUACUUCCCCGAUGCCACGGAGGAGCUGGAACCCAUACCCACCUCACCCCCUCCUCCCCCUCCCCCCGCUAAGACUUCUUUCCCUUCACUCUUCUCUCAUGCCAUCUGCCUCCUCCUCUCCCUCUCUGCUGCUGCCCAGCCCUCCAACCUCACUUUGAUGCUCCUCUCCAUCUUCCUCCUCUCCCUCCGUCGCUCACCUCCUCUGCCCUCUGUGGCCUCUGUCCUCCUCUCCGCGGAGCUCGCCUUCUUGGCGCUCUUCUUCUCGUACCUCUUCCUUCGCUCCUGCUGUUCUCUGUCUCUCUCCACCUACCUGUCGCUCAGCCUCUGGGCCAGCGGUCUCUUUAGUUUAGGGCUCUCCUUCAGUCUGGGGAUUUAUUACAUCCCCAUGAUUUUGAUCUCCGCCUCCUUCCUCAGCUCUCCCUCCCUCUUCCUCUCUCUCUACUUGGUGGUGGUGCUGGUUGUCAGGCCAGCCCGCGACUUCCUCCAGUACGCGCCCCGCAAAGUCAACCGCCUCUGCAUGCGUGUCCUUUUCCGCCUGCCUCGACCCCUGUUUGCCAUGUGCCAGUCGGUUCUCGGCGGUAUGGCUGAGCGUAACCUUUAUGAGAUGUUUCCCAAAGCGGGGCGCAACUGGGGUGUGCGCCAGUCCAAGAUCCCAGUCCCCCUGAAGAGCUUGCCUUUAGAGUAUCAGGCUCGCUGCAGUAGCGCCUCUCCUUUGGCCAAGGGCCUUCUCUGGGUCAGGCGUUUCAGUAGGCGCCCCCUCGGGGUCCUGGCCGACCUUGCUAACUCCAUAGUGCUAAAACUAGCCAGACAGCUCCUUAAAAAGCUGCCGCUCACUGUCAGUAUCAGACUGCAAACUCUGGGCCUCCUGAAGAAACAGAUCCCGAGCAGGCUGCCCCUACUGCUGCCCAGGGAGGUCAGAGAGAGGAGGCAGAGGGAGAGGAGGCGGAGAGAGAGGGAGAGACAGAGGAGAGUAGAGAGGGAAAAGAUGUUUCGAGAGGAUGGGAGGUGGGAGUGUGGGUUGAGACGAACUUCAUCCGGCAGGUUUGUCAGAGGGAAAAUACGGCCAUGGAGAUAGCAAGGGUGUGAGACAAAUUGGAGGAAACAGUCGCACACGCGUGCUGGUGGUGUAUGUGUGUGAGUGUGAUCAUGUUCCAUUGUUCAGCCAUUGUCUGUGCGUCUUUUUUAUUUGGGCCCACACGUCUCUCUUUGUUACAUAAUUCCCAAACUGGUUUUUGGUCAUGUUUCUUCAAGAUGAGACACAUUCUAUCCUCCACACAUACAUCUGUGUUGUUUACUGGCUGAAAGUUAUUUUGGCUGUUGAAGCCAAACAUGCAAACGUGUGCACACAAGCCGUACUGUCCAAUCAGUGGGCCCUGCAGAUGUAAACACGCAGCCAAACCCACGGUUACUGUACCAAACCCAGUGAAGUUUAAACAGUUCAUUAUUGUGCUUUUUGUAAAAGUUCCUUUUAAGUUUCUUGAAUUUUAUUAUUUUGCUCUUAAUUUGUAAGACAAAUAUUUUUAUGGUUAUUUUUAAGACCGUUUUUGUGCAAUCUUUUAUUUUUUUUCUCUUAACCGUGGUCUUAUUUCAUAGAGAGCACCGUUAUCUCAGUGCUUAGAACAAAUAUUACAGUGUUGCAUAGCUUCAUGGCUAUAAUUUCACUCCCCAAAGCUGAAUACUGUGAAAGAUAAGAAAAUAACUAAUAAUUUCACUAACAUCAGCCUGAACACUAUUUCUCAGUCAGUAUAAAAGUGCAAUAAACAGCUCAGCAGAAAUAUCUGGGACCACUGUAGGACAUUUGAUAUCAUGUUCAAACAUAGUUUCUAUGUUUAGAAGUCAAAGUGGAAAAUAGUUAGCAGGUCUUACUUUAUAAGACUUGAAUUAAGAAAGUCUGGGGCCAUUUAGCUGUAACAUAAAGCCUAAGUUCAUUGUUUCAUGUGAAGACAUUGGAUAUUAUUUCCAGCUGGUGAAGUCAUUAUCUUUCAGAUUCUAGUUAGAUAAACUGUUUUUAUUGUGCUUUACGCAAUAUUCUUGUUAUGAUUUACCAUGUAAACAUUUAGAUAUUUCCCCCCUUAAUAAUCAUAUAAAUCUACACCAGUUGAGUGCCUAGUUACAACUGUUUGCACAAAAUGUUAAGUCUGUUGUGAAGUGACAUAUCCUAAAUUUAGAGUGGAAAAAUUAGAAAGCAGGAUAUGGUUAGGAGUAGUAAAAGUAUAAUAUAAUAAAAAACCUAUUUAAUAUUUCAAUGUAGCUUAAUUUAUAUGAAGCCAUAAUAGACAAUCUUUUGAGACAAGCAAUCAUAAAAUUAGUCCAAAGAUUGAUGCAACUACUGAAUGUGAAAGUUAAGAUAGAGCACUUCACUAUCAUAUGAAGACAAUAUAACAACAUACAUCUGUUUAAUUUUGCACUUUCCCAAAGAGCAUUUAAAAAAGGCUAAAUGUGGGAGAACACAUCACUUCAGUUUAGGGCUGCAGCUAACGAUUAUUAUCGUUAAUCAUUCAUCUGCUGAUUAUUGUUUCAAUUAGUUUAGCUCAUUAACGUCAAAACAUGGUGUAAAAUGUACCUUGUUUUGUUUGACCAAAACCCAAAGAUAUUCAGUUUACACUGACAGAUUAAAGCAGCAAAUCAGCUGAGGCAAGAAGCUGGAACUAGAGACUUUUUUCACUAUUUUUGCUUUAAAAAAAAUGACUGAAACGAUUAAUCGAUUAUCAAAACAGAUGCCCAUAAUUUUUCUGUCGAUCAACUAAUCGAGUAAUCGUUUGAGCUGUACUCCGAUCGGACCAAAAACAGUUUUUAACCAAAAUAUAAACAUUUAAUUAAAUGAAGUCAAAUGAACCAAAUUCAGGUGAAAAUGUGCCGUUCAUGCAUAAAUCUGAGAGAACAAGGAUUUUAAAAUGUGCAUAUUUUCAAGGGAACUCUUGUUAAGAUGAGUGAAGUGCAUUAGCGUUUAUAAAUGCUAAUUACGUUGGGAAACGUGCCCUGUAUGUCACCGAAGGACAACAUUUGAGCCAUUUACAUGGAGGAAUAUUACUGAGCAGGCCAUCUUAACUGUAUUUGACCCAGGGGGAACAAAAUAAUAGGGCACUUCUUUAGGGUGACCUGCAUUUGGGAAGACAUUUCACAACAAACAUUGUUUUAUUUGAAUGUAACUUAUUAUUAUUUGCCAUUGAUUUACAUUUGUGUUCCAGUAUCAGUUAUUUCCUGUUCCUCUGUGUAUGUUUACAUGUUUGUAUUCUGUUUUGUUGUGACACCUUGAGUCUUGAGAGUUUAUAUCACCUUGAGUUUUUUAGAUUUUAUUUAUGCAGUAUUUAAUAGGACUAGUACUGCAUUAUUUUUGGCAGCCAUUUUGUUGUCCUUUUUAUUCUCAUUUUAGCUGCAUGAGUGUUGGCGUACUGUAUGGCUGCGUGCUCGCAAGCAUAGAAAAAUAUUUUGUCAUACUUCCAGUUUUUUCUUUUACACAAAAAAAUAAAUUCUUUUGUGUGAAAA